CCAUGAACGGCAAACGAACGGUCGGUUUCAUUCUCAAUUAAAUUUAGUUGCUCGCAAGAACUUAGUGGAGUUAGACAUUUAGGCAUUUCGUGCGGAAAACAAAAUCGAAUAUAAUAUUCAAAUAAAAAAAAAUACCGAACAAAAUAUAUUGCAUUUUCAUAAACAAAUCGAAUUGAAAAUUUUGUGUUAAGUGACAGUCUAACAAAUGAGAAGCAUUUAAGCAAAGCAACUAUAAAUCAAAGUGUUUGACAACAAGAAAAUAUUUGGCAAUUUUCAAUAUAUUUUUAGCGAAGCAAAAAAAAAAGAAAAGAAUAUACCCGCCGUCAUUGUUUCUAUACCUACCAACCUAGUUACCGCAUUUUUAUUGUGCGACAAAUUAGAACAACAACAACAAAUCACCAUAGCAUUUUGAGAGUUUUGUAAUCCUUACGCCGCCAAAAAAAGGGCACAAAAGAGAACCAGCCGAAGAGAGUUUGGAUUUUUAUGAAUGAAAAAUAAAAAAUAAUUAAUGUCACAUGAAUCAUAAGGCAAAUAUCAAAACAUUCUGAAACAAAUUAAGUAAUUAGCAAAAACCACACAAGAAUUUAAAAAUUGUAAAUUGAGGCGUCUAUUUAAAAUAGAUUUUUGCCCAGACAGUAUUAAAAACUAUUUGGAAGAUAGUUUUUAUUCCAACAAAAUAUAAUUUUGAUUGUGAAAUACUUGUGGUUGUUGUGUCAAUUACAAAAACAAAACAAGCAAACAUCGAUACAAAAUGCCACCAAUUGCCUAUACCACAAAUAUUGUUCCAAAUGUCCUGCAAAAAGGCGAUAAAAUACGAAUAAAAGGAAUUCUAGACGAUAAUGCCCAGGAAUUCUCCAUAAAUUUCGUCAAUGAGAUAUGCAAAAAUCCCGACUUCAUUACCUACCACUUCAAAUGGCUGCUGGACGAGCGUGUUAUCGUGGAGAAUUACAAGGACAAUGGCAGUUGGGUGGAUCAUCAGGAGCAGGAUUAUGAUUCUUUAGAUGGUGUGUUGUAUAGCGAUGAUAAUGUUGAUGUUGAUGAUGAUGGCGACAAUGAUAAUGACAGCCAACUACGUUACGAAAACAAUAACAACAACAACAAUAAUAAUAACACAAUUCUCAAUUAUUCUGUUUUAGGUUCGAUAUUUGAAUUAGAGUUUGCAUUCCAAGAUGAUGUUAUCGAUGUUUAUAAGAUCUUUGACAAUAAACCGAAUCGUAUAACGACAUAUGAGCCAUAUUUUGAACUGUCCGAAAUCAAGGCAAUACAGGUGUGGGGCGAUGUAAAGAAAAUCAGUGAAUUGACGUUUAAAUAUGCGUAGAGAACGACAACAACAACAAAAAAACUUAAAGAGAGAAAUGAAAUUUUUACAAACAUUCACACAUCACACAUUUACAUACAUUUGAGAGCAUUCACCCACAUCUGAAAAAAGAAACUCAAACAAACAAACAUGCCAUCACAUUUGGAAUGGAAAUCUCUAAAUACGUGUAGGAAACGGAUAUGAACUUUUCAAAACAAAAACGAAAAAACGUUAGUACAUCAUAACCGUUACUUUGUUCCUUUCAUGUUCCCGCCCCUUCAUUCGAUAUUUGUAAUUCCCUGGAAAAGCAGUAUUAUUUUAUGAGAAAUGCUUACUUGUAUUUAAAGGUUAAAGGUCAAUAUGGGUGUGCUUUACGGAAAAAUCAUUGCUUUGCCUGUUUUGGAAUUUUUGUUCAAAUAUUUAGAAUUAUUGGAAAUUUUUAUUUAUUUAACCCCAUGAAAAUUGCUUGUA